ACGAAGCACAAAUCAGAAAACUUGUCGAGCAAUUGGGACGAGAGACCAGAACGAACCCAGUGAAAACGAGGCGAGAAACAAGAGGAAAACAGCUCUCCCAUAAUGGCGGCAAAUGAAUCGGACAAACCGAAGAAGCGGAAUGAAAAGCAGAAAACCCCCAGCAAUGAGUUGCUCUGCCCCAUUGUCUACAAAAAUGAGAUACCCGGACCUGAGAUAGAUUGCAAAUUUAUGCCCUGCGGCAAGGAUAUUCUGGAGUACACUGUGCACCCCGUUUCGUUUCCCAGUCUGGAGUAUCCCUUUUUGCAUCAUUUCGGGGGACUUGAAACGCUCUUCGACUUGGAUUUGGUGGAUCAGAGGGCUUAUGAGAGGGACCUCUGCGAUGGAAACUCAAUGGAUCCCGAUGAUGCAGCUCUCCUUGCCGAUAUAGAGGCUCUGGAUUGUGGUUACAGUAAGCCCCGACCAAGUCGCGCCCGGGAAUGCUCCCAGAUGUUUGCCAAGGAGCGGGUCCAAGCGCCUCAACCUCGCUCAGGACUAAAGCGUCCUGUGGUGGAACAGGUCCCUAAAAUCCUGGAACCCAUUAGCCUGCAACAGCAGAUAGAGUUGAGUGGCAGAACUUUCGAGGAUAUAAAGAAGCCCUUUAUUAGACAUUCCACCAAACGUGGCAGCAACGCUCGACCCGUAGAAAUUCUACCUAUUUUACCCGAUACAGACUUGCAGAAUUGCAACUACGUAGAAAUGCUGUUCGAUAUUCCACCAAAAGACGGAAAGAAUUUAGUUAAAGACUGUGGCAGCUAUUUGAUAAACUUUAUGUUCAACCGGGCUUUACAAGAAACCAACUUGGAAAUAUAUUUAUCAGAUCAGCGCUAUAGAGAGCAACAGUCCCCUGAAAAUCCGGAGCGCGGUGAUGAAAUUAAGCUUUCCUACAAAGGUUGUGCCCUCCGUUAUGUACGUAUGGACAACCCCAUCAAAUUGAGGCGGGAACGGCCACGCCCCCAGGCUUUGGCCAACAAGUGUCUGCUGGAGGUCAAUCGAGUCGAAAUGGAAGCAAUGUAAGCAGGAAUUGAAUUUCUACAGGAGGAGAUUUCAACCUAUCUGGCCAC